AUGAUUAUCGAUGAGAUAGUAGUAUGUAUGAGAGGGGGAGAUGAAGGGGAUGAUAUACCUACAAAGAAAGAAAGAGUAUUUGCUGACUUCGAAAAAAAUGGGAAAGCUAGUUUGAAAUUUCAUUCAUCCAUUAUUAUUAUUAUCCCAUUCAUUUCAACAAUCAUGUCAAAGAAAGUAAUACUUCAAUAUAAUGGUGCAUUACAUGAUAUCGUUAUAGAGAGUGAUAUGAUUGUAGAACAAUUAAAAGCACACAUCUACUCGAUCACUAGUAUUCCACCAUCUAAUCAAAAGAUACUUGGAUUGGUCAAGAGUGCUCUAGUCAAAGAUGAUACUAUACUUUCAUCAUUGGAUAUUAAAGAUGGUCAAAAGAUUAUGGUGUUGGGUCAAAAGGAAGAGGUUGGUGUAACAACAACAACUCCUGUUACUCCUGCUGCUGCUGCUAAUACUACUACCACCACAACUACAACUAGUAGUAGUAGUACCGAGGGGGAUGGGGAAUACUUUGAACCAAGUAUAUGGACACAAGAAUGUACAAGAGUCUAUUUAGGUAAAAAUGAUCAAAUGCAACCAAGAUAUGAAGAUCAACAAGGUAGAACCGUUUGUUUUGCUUGUUCAACUACAUGUUAUGCAGCCAACACAAUCAAGUGUGUACCAAAAGUAACACCUUUUCAUUGUCAGUGCUCUGAACAUGACCAUGUGGCUGGCCACGAAUGUCUAUUUGGACCACGUAUAGACUCUUACAAAAAUCCAAACAAAUCAUCAUUACAAAAAAUGAAAGAACAAUUAAUAUCAAAUUUAAAACAAUCUUUAUCAAAAUCAUUACAACAACAACAACAACAACAACAGCAACAACAGUCACCACAAAUUAAUAAUAAUAAUUUAGGUGGUCCAUAUAAUGGACCAAUGCCAACACCAGAUCAACAAGAAAGAAUGAUAAGCACAAUUGAAUCAAAUUACAAAUGUAUAUUACAUUAUGAAAACAAGGAUCUUCAACAAAAAGCAUUAUCAUUGGUACCAAAGGAAAUAUUACAAAAUCGUAAAGGGUUACCUUUAAAAAAGGGACCUGAACAAAUGAGAGAAUUAUUAAAUUGGUUUAAACAUUCUUUCUUUAAAUGGGUUGAUGCUCCUCCAUGUGAUUAUUGUAUGUCACAAACAAGAGGAGUUGGAACAACCACACCAUCAGCACAAGAAAAGUUAUAUAGAGCCGGUGUAGUUGAAUUGUAUCAAUGUGCCUAUCAACAUCAAACUAGAUUUCCUAGAUACAAUGAUACUGGAAAGUUGAUGGAGACUAGAAGAGGUAGAUGUGGUGAAUGGGCAAAUACAUUUACUUUGUUUUGUAGAGCUCUUGGGUACAGAUCACGUUAUGUUCAUGAUUCAACAGAUCAUGUUUGGACAGAGGUUUGGAUUGAAGAGGAGAAUAGAUGGGUUCAUUGUGACAGUUGUGAACCACUCUAUGACGCACCUCUGACAUACGAAGCUGGAUGGGGAAAAAAGUUGGCAUACAUCUUUGCCUAUGAAGUUGACGGUUGUUUUGAUGUCAGUCGUCGAUACACUGCCAAAUACAACGAACUACUUGGACGACGUGACCGUGUGCCAGAACAAUGGCUUGAAAACUAUUUGACACGUGUCAACCAAAAGAUAUUGGACCGUAUCAAAGACAAUGACCAGAAAACCCAUCGAUCUCAUCGUUUAGAGUGUGAAGCCAAGGAUUUGGCAGGUUCUAAAAGACAACUUACAAGUGAUGAGUUACAACCACGUGCAUCUGGAUCUGAAGAAUGGAAAUCUGGUAGAGGUGAAAUGGGUGAUGGUCAAUCAACAAGAUUACAACAACAAAAAUCAAUCUUUCCACCAUCAUCAAUGAAACCUAGUGAAAGACCAGUCAUCAAGGAAUCAAUUAUCAAAUUUGACAAGAAUAACAUUUCCUCUCAACUAACGAAUCAAAUCAACAUGAUUGGACAUUGUAAUAUAUCUUCAUCGUCAUCUGAUAAAUGUAUUCAAUUAACCAAUAGAGCCAAUGAUCAAUGUGGAGCAUUUUGGGUAAAAGAAACACAAAAUGUAGAUAGAGAUUGGAUUGUUAAUAUUGGUUUUAGAAUUGAUGGAAAGGGUGCUGAUGGUAUGGCAUUUGUUCUUCAGAACCAUGCGAUCAAUAUCAUUGGAAAAAGAGGUGAUGGUCUUGGUUAUGAUGGUAUUGAAAACUCGAUGGCUGUUGAAUUUGACAUGUAUGAGUCAAAGGGAUCGUGUGCCGAUCCAAAUGGUAAUCAUAUUAGUGUACAUUGUAAUGGUGACAAUAAGAAUACAUCACAUCAUCGUUGUUCAUUGGCUUGCUCGGCUCCCUUUGGUGAUCGUUCCAUCAAUGACGGGUCUGUUCAUCAAGCAUCGAUUGUCUACUCUGCCGAGAAAAAGACUCUCAGUGUAUGGUACGAUAACUACUAUAUCAUCUCUGACGUUUCAAUUAAUCUAUCCAACAAAUUGGAUUUAAUUGAUGGUAAAAAAGCAUGGAUUGGAAUGACUGCAUCAACAGGUGGUAUAAAUCAAUCUCAUAACAUUCUUGAAUUUGAAUUUGGUUAUCUUUAA